AUGCCAAGACCUAGUCUGAAGGUAUUUAGAAAGCGUGUACAUUGGCGCAAGAAAGUAAAGUGUACUAAAAAUUCGUCUGAUUCACCUUCAUCAGUAUCUGAUGUCCCAGUAGCGACUAACCUCAACACUGGUAGUGAUACAUUGAGUGAUGCUGCUGCCACUACACCGGAAAGUGCUUCAAGAAGAAAACCAGCUGGAAUUGAAGAAGAAUACAAGAAACUAAAUGCUGGGACUACAAAAUAUGAGACUCAGUUGUUGCGGUAUGCCUUCAAGAACGACAUUACAGCAACAUUACAAAUUAUCGUUUCUUCUAUAGCAGAAAAUUCCAUGUCCAGAGUAAAAAGACAGGACUGUGGACCACAAUACUUCCGGUGCCAGAAUGGAAAAUGCAUAAGAAACUUUAAGGUUUGUGAUGGAGCUGCCGACUGUUCAGAUAAAUCUGAUGAAAGUAAAGUGACUUGCAAAUCAAGACUUUGCUCUAGUGCCCUCUUCCAGUGUGCAUAUGGUGCCUGUGUUGAUGGGAAUGCAGCUUGUGAUGGUACCAUCCAGUGUGAAGGUGAUGGCUCAGAUGAAGCUCCUGAGCUGUGUGGAACAUCUUCAGCCCCCAUGUGCACACUUCCACUCAAGCGCAAAAAUGGUGGCUAUAAAGUGCUUGGCUGUGACUCCCAAUUUUGUGGUUUUGGACCAGGAGCACAAGUUCCUUCUGGCACACAGUUGCAGUUCUUCUGUGAUGAAGGAUAUCACAUCAGUGGGCCCAAUGAUUCCUAUUGCCUCGAUGAGACAUUUACUCCACCACCACCAGUUUGUGAGAAGAGCAGGUUGUUUUCUACCUCCAGCACAUUACAUUACGGUACUGUAUAA